AUGUCCCGCGUUGAGCCCAACCCCGACUUCAACCCCUCCAACCACAAAACGGAGCUCAAUCAGUAUUGGUACUCUCCCAAGACUAUUUCAACUUUUUUACGGGAGAUCGAACAUCACGCGGAGGGCUGCGCGUUUCUUUCGACACCGUCACUUUUUUUCGCCCUGGACGACCGCCACGGCGACGAGGACGACGCGACGGAUGCGCGGCUUCGUCGUCUUCGCGCCCGCAGUCGGCUUUUUGAAUUUGACCUUCAUUGGGAAAGGGACCCUGGGUUUGUUCACUACGACUUUCACCACGCUGAGCGGAUUCCAAUACAAUAUAUGAACGCCUUUGACUACGUGAUCGCCGAUCCACCGUUUAUCACUCGUGAUGUUUGGGAGGCGUAUAUGAUUACCAUAAGGCUGGUGUUGAAGGAGGGGGGAAAGGUUCUCUUCACGACGACCCUGGAGAACCACACGAUGUUGGAGGAGAUGUGGGGGGGGCCACUUUUUAUUGCGCGUUUUUUCCCGCUUGUGCAACGGCUGACGUAUCAGUACGUCUGCUUUACGAGCUAUGAGGCCACGCGGCUGACGGCCGCCAACGAGGAGCUCCCUCCGGAAUCACCAAAGUUGUUGGCCGGAAUCGAGAUGGCGAAUAACCUCCGACAGUCCGAGGAGGCUUUUAUGGCUCAGAUGGCUGAACGUCAGCGUGAGGGGGAACAACCAUUACCAACCACCGCGUAUGAGCGCGAUUUGUGCGCAAAGCGCGCGGAGGAAAUACGGGCAUCAGCGUGUACUGGGCUCACCGCGGAGCAGCUUGCGCAAAUCCCGAUCGAAAAUCUGGAGUGGAAUCACGUCCCCGAGGGACUUUCUUUAUAUCCGGCGGGCCACCCCGGGGAUGGCUUUCCCGCCGCGAAUGGGGGGUGCCCCAAGCUGGAGGAGGAGCAGGACUACGGCCCGAUUUACGCGCUCAGUGUGGAGCUACGUCAGAACCUGGAGACGUUUAAGAACCAUAUUGACGCCUUGCAAAAGGUACUGGACCUCCAGAUGCGACUUCGUCAUCAACGUUUGCGGGCGCGAAAGGAGCUGGAGGGGGGGAAGACCGCCACCGAUAAGCAGGAGGGGUAUGAGGGCACUCAGUCACGCCCCCCGAUGGAGGAUUUUGAGAGGGCGCUUCGCGAGUUUGAUAAGCAAGUUGAGCAGGCCGAGACCGAGCGCCAGGCAAAGGUUGAUCAUAUGGCUGUUAUCGCCCGCACCAUCGCCGCGCAGGAGGCGAAGCUGCAUUCCCUCAAAGCUCAGGACGCUGUGCCGGCUGAAGCGGAACCCGAGGCCGGUUCCAUUCCAACCUCGGAGAACCACAGCGGGGAUGCGGUUUGCGAUGCUAAAGAAAAUCCAUCAUUUAGUUUGCCGUACGGACUCGCCAUGCAGACCUGCAUUACGGCCUAUCGGACUGUGGCAGUUAAAAAGAUGCAGCUGCAGGAACUCGCCGCGGUUGCUACUGGAAGUUAUAAAUACCCAUUGUUUUGUCGUAUGCGAGAGCUUUUACAGGAAAUAAAGGAAUUAAAGAAGCAGAGGAAUGGGGGCCUUCGCGCCUGA